UUCAGGAGGUGGCGGUAAUGCGGCGGAACUGUGCAAAACCCCGAGAAGAAGAGGGGAGAAACACACACACACUGGACGAGGAGGAAAAGAAGCGUAUCAUCCGUAAUGACAAUAAGACGCUCGCAGUUUGUCUGUGGCCGGAGGGUUUCAGCUUAUCAUUUCACUUCCUCCGCAGUCCCAGAACUUAGCUAACCAGGAACUGUUCGCCGUUAAUAAUAAUUUGGUCUCGCCUCUUUUGACUGCCGCUGUCCAACACCGAUGAGAAGUAGUCGCCAAGUGCUUGUUGACGUCUGAUUUUCUUUUGAUUUUUUUUUUUUUUUUUAAUUUUUAGUCCAGCUUGUUGAUUUCAACAUUUGCCGACACAGCAGCCCUGAGAUGAGCUGAAGACACCGGGGAGAAUCCUCACGGGCGAACAGUCAGGUGAUGAGAGUUUAGCAGCUUCAGCUGAAAGUCAGAGGUAUCAUGGAGGAUGACUGCAGGCCUCUGCUGAGCUCAGAGCAAACUGGAGAGAGCUACUCACACAGAGGCUCCACAGACUCUCUGGACUUCAAGGCUAAAAGGCCUUUCUAUGUUGAGCCCAGGAACAUCGUAGACGAUGGCCCGCAGGAGAGGGUGUCUGCUGAGGCUGCCAUCCUCAACAGCAGAGUGCAUUACUACAGCAGACUGACUGGGUCUUCUGACAGACUGCUGAGUCCUCCAGACCAUGUGAUCCCCGGGCCAGAGGAGAUCUACAUCUACAGCCCUCUGGGGACAGCUUUCAAGGUGACAGGCAGCGACCCUUCCUCUAAAAACCCCAGUAUCAUCACCAUAUUUGCUAUAUGGAACACGAUGAUGGGCACAUCAAUACUCAGCAUACCUUGGGGUAUAAAGCAGGCUGGUUUCACUCUGGGGAUCCUGAUCCUCAUCCUCGUAGGUCUGCUGAUGCUCUACUGUUGUUACGUCGUCCUCAAAUCACCAAAGGCAAUACCCUAUGUGGACACAUCCGACUGGGAAUUCCCUGACGUUUGUAGGUACUACUUUGGCAAAUUCGGCAAGUGGUCCAGCUUGGUCUUCUCGAUGGUGUCGCUUAUUGGAGCCAUGGUGGUUUACUGGGUCCUCAUGUCCAACUUCCUUUACAACACUGGACAGUUUAUCUACAACUAUGCUCACAACGUCAACAUGUCAGAUUCAGAGUUUGGAACCAACGGCUCAGAAAAAGUCAUCUGUCCAUCGCCUAACCCUAACCCUGGAGGGAACAGCUCCAUCAGCACCAUCCUUUACCUGAGUAGCAGUGGAAAUGGUACAUCUGAUGUCAGCUCUUUCGAACGCUGGUGGAGCAAGACCAACACCAUCCCCUUCUAUCUCAUCAUCCUGCUGCUGCCGCUGCUCUGCUUUCGCUCGGCCUCCUUCUUCGCUAGGUUCACUUUCUUGGGCACCAUUUCAGUGGUCUACCUGAUCGCGCUGGUCACUAUUAAAACUGCCCGCCUCGGCUUCCACCUGGAGUUCCACUGGUUUGACACAUCCGAGUUCUAUGUUCCAGAGUUCAGACUGCUCUUCCCUCAGCUGACCGGCGUCCUCACUCUGGCCUUCUUCAUUCACAACUGCAUCAUCACAUUAAUGAAGAGCAACAGGAACCAAAAGAAUAACGUGCGGGAUCUCUCCGUGGCCUAUCUUCUUGUAGGGCUGACCUAUCUGUAUGUGGGAGUGUUGAUCUUCGCCGCCUUUCCCUCACCUCCUCUCUCCAAAGAGUGCAUUGAACCAAACUUCUUAGAUAACUUCCCCAGCAGCGACGUGAUGGUAUUUGUGGCUCGGACCUUCCUGCUGUUCCAGAUGAUCACUGUCUACCCUCUGCUGGGAUACUUGGUGCGGGUCCAGAUGAUGGGCCAGAUCUUUGGCAAUAAUUACCCCAGUUUCUUCCAUGUCUUGGUGCUGAACAUCUUAAUUGUUGGAGCUGGUGUCCUGAUGGCCAAGUUUUAUCCCAAUAUUGGAUCCAUCAUACGGUUUUCCGGAGCUACAUGUGGCUUGGCUUUGGUAUUUGUCUUUCCCGCUUUAGUCCAUAUGAUCUCCCUGAAGCGACAGGGGGCGCUCCGCUGGCCUUCAGCCCUCUUCCACAGUUUUCUGAUAGUGCUGGGCUUGGCCAACCUGGUGGCUCAGUUCUUCAUGUAGAGAGAGGGGCAGGCAGACAUGGAAACUCUAAACCAUUCAGAGGCGAGAUCAAAAGAUGUGUUAGAGAUUUCAGAUGUGAAUCUCUGGAAUUAGAUGUAGAGUAAUGGUUGUGCAGAACUGCACGGUGUAUGUUUUUCCAGUUAGCUCAUGGCUGCCAAAAUGAUGCACAGUUAACCCACAGCAGCCUCCAGCCAGAUUUAAUGUCUGUGGCCGUGAUAUGAGAUCAGAUAUCACACACUUACUGAAGUAAGAGUGAUGUCAGUCGUAAAGGUUUGUGUUUCAGGAGAAUAACAUGAAUCCAGUGGCUCGGUUUGAUAACGUUAUCUUUUAUUUUGGUGGUAUUUCUAUGAUCAAAUCUUCCUUGGAGGUAAUUACCUACAUGAUACUGUUUAUUGUUUCUGCCUAGACUGAUCCCAGACCUGCCCAGUCCAAACGGAACAGACAGACUGUGAACUGUGCUGAGUCUCUGUGUCCUUAAUAACAUCAGCAGUAAGCUGGCAGGAACAUUUGGUGUGUGUGGGGGUCACUGUUGAGAGCUAAAACACAACCUGGGCAGCAUCUUUUUAAAACUAUUGUAUUAAACGUCCCUUUUUAUGUAGAUUCAAACAAAAGUAUACAACAGCUGUUAAUCAGUCAAAUGACAGAGUGGGCUGUGAGAGGCUUUGCUGUUGGUGAUGAACCUACAGAGAGUUUUCAGGUGAAUGUGCGGCUCCCCUCGGCUUUAUAGAACUUUAUAAUGAGUUUCAGCUCAGUAUUCAUCUGUUCAGAUUCACCACUUCACAGUCUUGGUUCACGCUCACUGCUGUCGUAGCGCUGUUUUCAUCCACAGCAGGCAAAAAAAAAAAAAAGAUAAAGCAACCAACUGGGCAGCAAACAGACGCAGUUAGCUGGUGAACAUAGUGGAGAAUGUAGCAGCUUGAAGAGCCUGAUUUUCCUGUCAGGAGCUGGUGGAGACCAAAAGCAGAGCUAAAAGAGACUCCAGACCUUCCCCCCCCCCCCCCCCCCCCCCGCCCCCCAGGAGGCCAGCACAAUCAGUUACUGCAGGUUUAAAUUUGUUACAUGUGAUUUUAUGAUCAUAUAACAUUCUGGGAAGUAUACAGGGAAUUAAAUUAAUAACUUUGUGAUUAUGUCAAUUGUUUAUAUCUUUUGAGGACAGCCAUAUUGUGGGCCUACUUUUUCAAAGAAACGUUUGGCUCAACCUUUUAAUUUUAAUUAUAUGUCUGACGUGUUUACAUGGAGCCUACGAAAAAGAUACUGAACUCACUGUGUUGUAUUUUAUUAAUGAUAGGAUAAACAAAGGGAAUAUGUGCGUGAAAAUAAAUCAUAUCAGUUUAGAA